UAAACUCAGAAACACAUCCUUAGCAUCUGUCAUAAAAACUUUUAUCUGCGCAAAAAACAACAAGAUAUUACGCUCUUCAUAAUAUUCACAAGUGUAUUCCAUUCCUUGAAAUGUCUAGGAAGACUUCAGGAUGUUCUCGAAGAAUCUAUCUUGUUCUAUGAGAAUGUGUGGGUGUGUAUCUUCUGUUUAUCAAAACUCACAGUAAUGCUAGUUGUACACCACUGUGCGAGGUUAAUCUUGUUGGUUUAUUGGAAGCUUGAAAAUAUCUUUUACUAUAUUAUGAUAUAGGUUGCGCUGAAGGCCGAUUCUGAAAUCGAUUUUAUGUGGGUGAAUCGAAUGCCUAUGUGGUAUCGAUAUGAAACAUUUCAAUUUGUUCGAAAUCAUAUUUCCAGAAUCUGGAACACAUCAUUUGACGAUGCUUUCGCCGAGUUUUCCAAAAGUCUUUAUAGUCAGUUCAAUAUCAUGUCUUCGUAUGCAUCAAAAUUUGAGGGCAAGCAUUAUCGGGUAAUUUUGAAUACAGAUACAAAUGGCGCUAUUAGCGUUGGUAGUAAUGGUGGUGUUCCAACCGAUAUUCGCAUCGGCUGUUGCCGUUCAUUUGACAUCGGAUGUGUUGGGUCAGAUAGAAACAACGAUGAUCAUCUUUUAACUUAUGGUACUAAUGCUGUAAAUGCCGUCAAUCGAACAGUGACUACUGAAGCGUACUAUAAAAAUGUUUAUGCAUAUCUUAAGCAAGUACGACCCGAUGCUCUAGCUCGUAUGAAAGAAACAUGUGAUCUAUACUUGAAAGGGCAAUGGAAGCCAUUAUGCACUGUUGAUAGUAUUGCAAAGAUCAAACAAUGA